AUGUAAGACAGAAUAUUAAGUGCUUAUAGAAAAGGAAAAUAAACUAUUGCUUUAUAUUAAGAUAGCCAAAAUAAAGCUCCAGGUUUCUAAUUAAACUUGAAUAAUUUUCCAAAUAUUUCAAUUAAAUCCAUAGAUGAUAUCGAUAUACCAAAUUCAUUACGCGCUUGCUUAUCGUUUUAGAUUUCAAAAUAUUAUGAUCAUUUUGCUCUUAUCAAUGCUUUUAAUGUGCUGCAAUCAGAAAUUGAACUUAUGAGGAAUAUUUAUGAGAUUAGAGAGAACCCCUUUGCUGUUUGGCUUUGUGACCAAGGUGAAUGGAAAAUAUCGAUUGUAGAUGAUUAAGUGCUUUGUCUUAAGAAUAGUGAUGAAACACUGUUCAAAUGCACUUAUUAAUGGGCUAUAAUAAUUGAAAAAGCUGUUGCUAAAUUACUAGGCAAUAGUUACAAUUAACUCAAUCGAUAUAAUCGUUUGUAUAUGUAAUUUGACGUUGUAUAUUUUAAGCUUUUGAUUGGUUAACCAAUUACACAAAUUUAAAUGAAUAGGAUUGAAGAAUUGCGAACUCUAUUAGAGUAAAAAAGCUCGAUUUUUUAUAUUGAAGUUAACUACAAAUAGAGAAAUAAUGCAUACGUAAUAUUAUCAAUAAAAGAAAAUUAAGUUGAAUUAUAAGCCAUUAACUAAGAAUCAAUUUGCGAUGCAGGUGUGAAAUAAAAUGAUUCCAAAUUCCUUUUCAGUUGGAAUGAAUUUCAAUAAUACCCUUUGUUUUAAGUCCAUUUAAAUAAAAAUUCUCAAAUUUAUACCUUUACAAUGCAAUAGCCUAUGGAAAGAAAAUUGUAAUUUAUUGAACAUACAUACAUUUAUAAUUUUCAAAUUAAUAAGAAAGACACUUAUUGGAUCUCAAUUUGUUAGAGAGAUUAAAACUUUAAUUCAUUGAAAUAAUAAUAAGAAAUAAAAUAUGGAUUGAUAAGAUUUUUAUUAUUUAAGAAUCAUAAGAAAAGCUAUUAGUUAAUUUCUGACACUAAUGAUUUCAAUCAAAAUCUUUAUCAUAGAACAGAAUUAGAAAAAGGAAAAUACACUUUGCUCUGCCAAGCAGAAUUCUAUAAUCUUGAAUUGCUAUCUCAAGAAUUGUAAAAUUAAUAAAAAGUAUUAAAAUUGUAAAUCUAAGGAUUGAAACCACCAUAAAAUUUUGAUUAAAGCGAAUAAAGUGAGGGAAAAUUAAAAGAACUAAUGGUAGCAAUUAUCAGAUAAACAUCAAAAGCAAACAGAUAAAAUAUUGGUAAAUUAUAAAAAGAAGGAUUUCCACAGGUAUAGAUGACUAUGGAUAAUACUAUUGGAUUUAUGUACAUAUAUUAUGAGAAUCAUGGAGAUUUACAUUUCGAAGAGUAUCUUUAGUUUAAUAUACAUGAAAAUUUAAUCAAUUAUGAAACCUAAUAAAUGGAAACCUUCAGAAAGGUUUCGAUACCCCCAAAAGAAUAUAUGUUAUUGCUUUACAAAUUUGACCCCAGAACUUUACUUUAGUCUCCAGUAAUUCGCUUUAAAUGUUAAGUAGACUUUAAAAUUAAGCCUUCAGUUUUUGAAUAUAUAUAUUUUAAAUAGGAUGUGCAAUUCAUUGAAAUUCAAAAUCUAAAAAUUUUUAUUAUGGAGAACAAAAAAGGAGUUUUAUUACAUUUUGUUAACCAAUCUAAUAAUAUAAGAAAGGUAGAGUGCGAGUUAAAACUGAAUAACCUCUUAAUUGUACAAAACGAAAAUUUAACUUUGAAAGACAAAAUAGCUAAUUUUGAGAUGAAGUCAAAAUCAAACUAUGUUAUCUUAUUAAAUUUUUAAAAUCCUCAAGAAUAAAAAUACAAUUGUGAAAUCAAAGUAAAUGUAUAACCAAGACAAUGA